AUGGCGGCAGACUCCGACGACAGACGACGACGGACGACGGACGACGGACGACGGACGGGCAAGAGCGGAUGGCGAAAAACGGACGGUGUACAGAUCCUGAACCGUCGACCGACCAACCGACCAACCGACCAACCGACCAACCGACCAACCGACCGACGACUCGCCCGACCGGGGUGGGACCUAGACGACGACCCCGCCCCGCAACACACCGUCGGCACAGUCCCCAUCUCCACCUCCAACUCCCUCCACUCCUGGGGCUCGCGUCGCCUCUCGAGGAUCCACUUGCCAGACCUCGACCCCACACCAGUUGGAGUCGGGCCGAACGAGCUCCUGGAGCUCGUCGUCGAUUUCCCUGCCCAGGAUGGUUGUCCCUCGCACGAGGCAAUUGGUCCUUUCAAGUCUGCGGCUUCCAAGCUCCUCGACUACAUCACACAAGACGCAAACCAGCAAUCCCGUCGGGAUGUGUAUCUCAAUAUAUCACAUAUGAUCGAGGAGGUCUCAGACGACAAGACACCAUGGAUGGCGGACGUCAUCGUCGCUGGCAUCAACAAGGUCGAGUACGACGACAAACUCGCUUACCUCGCCGCUGCUGGCCCUGACCAACGUCUCCGUCGCGCAACAGAGCUGUUCAUCAAGCAGGCAUCCAUCUCCGGGAGCGUUGAGCAUGGCGUCAUCCGCUACACCUACGAUGAGAAGAUUCACAUCGCACGGAAGUUCCUCCCGCCCAAGCAGCUCAAGGCCAACGGCCUCACCCCCGAGCACAUCACCCUCACCGACUCUGCGCUCCUGCACAUCGCGACACAUUACACUCGCGAAGCCGGCGUGCGGUCGCUCGAACGCGCGAUCUCCGCCGUCGUCCGCUACAAGGCAGUCGAAUGGGCGGAGUUCUCAGACGUCACCGGGAUCACGGACAUCAAGCCUCGACUCGAACGGCGACCGUUGUUUUGUGUUUGA